GAAUCUUUUCAUCUUUUAAUAACUUUUCUGUUUUAACAGAUUAUUUUUAAAAUCUCAAAAAUGGCAUUCAAAUUUGUUUUGUUAGUAGCUCUUGCUUAUUGCGCUUCAGCUGCUCACAUUCAUCCAAAUGCAAUGAUGGCAAGUCAACAUCGCAGCGACACUCGUAUCGACAAUCAAUCGCAAAGCGCUGAGCAAUUGCAACGUCAAGACGAGUAUUUGCGCAAUAUCGAUCAUUCGUCGGAUUCCAUUCAAAACGAUUACUAUCAACAACACUCCAACCGUUUGCGCGAUAACGAAUAUCGUCGUGUCAACUAUUACUAUGCCGGAAACCAACAAGAUCGUAACCAAUAUCAAAAUCACGAAUCUGAUCAAUUUGCUCAACACCAAUCGCCUGAUGCCAUGCACGCUAUUCGUCAUUAUCAACGUCAAAUGUACGAGCCAUUGAUGAUUGCUUCAGCAACCAACAGUUAUCCCAUGUUCCGAAGCUAUCAACAACAUCACAUGGGACCUUAUAACUCUCGAGUUACUUUCAACUCGCCUCUUGUUAGCUAUCGCUAUUAAAUGGUCUCAAAAAACUUGUUCCGAUUUUCGAAGAGAGAGAUAUAUUUAAGAUUUUUUACAGCUUAAAACAUAAUAAUCCGUGAUAAAUGCACAAAGUAGAUAGUAGAUAGAAUUUGCACACAUGGCAGAAGGUAUAAAUGGUCAAUUCUCUAAAUAUUUCCA